GAGCAUGCGCAAUUCUUAAUUUCGAGUGAUCGAGACCCACCCACUUUUUAGGCUGCAAAACAGCAACUUUACUUUACCACAAACAAUUGGAUGUCACAGUGAAGAGUGAAGAUGGGAAAGUCCAAGCCAAUCCCAGAAAGUAGGGGACUUUUUGUUGUCCUGUUGCUAGCUGACAUGCUCAACACUCUCGUACAAGAGAUCAUCUUGCUGGCCAAGGGCAGUCGGGGUGAGAGCGCUAUUGCUGCUUUUACGGUUUUUGGGGUGAUUGCUGUUGUUUUCUUUGGAUCGUUGGCUAUUGUUCAUUUUUUAUACCUAUGCUUUCUUAGAGGGCACCGCAUAACAUUCAUAACGUCUACUAUCCAAACUAUUGGUGCAUUGUUCUUCUUCUACGGAAACAACAUAAAUGAUUUAGUUGACAACUACGGUGUUGAUGUUGGAUGUGGUUCAGUAUGUACUGUGAACAGCCGCAUAAUUUCUUCUUUUUCCCUGGGAAUUGCUCUUAUUAUUUUUAAUAUUGUUCCUCCUGUUACAAAGAAUGUAUUGAAGCUGCUCAAACUGAAGCGGAAACCAACCUCAGUUGUCACAAAGAAAAUUCCUGAUUGGUUUGCUGCUAUUGACAUGAUAACGAUGUUUGUGAAGAUUAAUACACUGUACUCUGCUAUAAUAGGCAUGGUGCAGACCACUGAGUAUUGCAGCAACACUGACAUUGCCGCGAGCACAACCUUUCUGCUAGUCUGCAUAUUCAUUGGGAUUUUUUCAGAAGUGGUAUAUUUCUUGAACGCAUGGGCAACCAACAAACAUAACAGCAAGCUUUACUCGACAUUAGUGACAUUUGGUCUCAUCUCCAUGAUGAUUUGCCUUCCCCUGUACCUUCUUGCUGAUAACCGUCAGCCUCUGGACUGUGCCUUUGGGUGUGACACGUUCUCAGACACGUUUAAUACAACUGCUAAUGCUAUUGCUUGUAACAACGUAGUAAACGAGAGCGUGAGGCUAGGAUUUACCAGUGUGUCACUAAUUUUUAUCGCCACAAUCCCUAUUGUGUAUUUCAUCCUUAACCAAAAAGCAAGAGACGAAUUCACCGAAAUUGGCUCAGCAAUGAAAUAUAAACUGGAGGAGAUUGAUCUUCCUGAUGUUGGUGCAGCAAUUAAAGAUACAGUCACUGAUAUCGAUGUGGGUGGAGCUGUUAAUGAUUUUGGGGAGACACUGAAAGAGAAGUUGGAUGACAUCAACCCUCUUGUGACUUAAUCUUAGGCCAUACGUGUAGCUAGCUAAGCGGCCAGGUUUGCCUUAUUAGUUGUGAUGAUGCAGUAGAGCAUGCAGCUACCUUUUUUGCAGUAUAAUCUACACACAUGUAAAAGUAGAUCUAUAUAAGUUAUUGUUAGAGGCACACUUAGUUGAUAAUGAUGUCAUAUCUAUGUUUAGGAACAUUCUAGAACUUUCUUGUGUUAUGUAUUUUAGGUCAUUGUGACCAUGUGCUUAGUCAGUCCAUGAUAUCUUUCUUAUUUGUUAAUCUGAAAACUUGCUCUAUCUAGCUAAGUCACAUUGCAAGCUUUGCUAACAGUUAUAAAUGUACUGAUCUGCAAAAUUAAAUAAUUAUUAUCCCAUCAGGCUGGCAUGAUGAAAUUCUAACUGGUUGAAUAUGGUUUGAAUGGGUGGGGCUAGAUCUGAGUAAACAUUGCAUUGCAUCAUGGAACUUAAUUAAUACCGCACAUAAACAAAAGUGUCAAGCAGUUUUCUAAGCUACAAGAAGAACUUGAAGUCACUUACAAAAUGGGGACUAAACCAAUUCCUGAAAGUAGAGGGCUUUUUGUUAUACUUUUGCUAGCUGACAUGCUCAACACGAUCAUUCAAGAAAUCAUCACACUCACGAAUGGUGAUCAUCUGGAUAGUGCUACAGCAGCUCUUGUUUUGUUCGUACUUGUCGCCUUUCUUUUUUUCGGCCUUCUCACAAUUGUCCAUUUUGUUUAUCUUUGCAUUUUUAAGUGUCACUACACAACCUUUCUAACGUCCUUUGUUCAAACAAUUGGAGCUUUGCUUUACUUCUAUGGUGACAACAUUUCCAACUUACUCAAUAAAUAUAGCACGGUACUCAAUUGUGAUGAAGAGUGCGUUAACAACAACCGUAGAGCUGCUUCUUUUUGUCUAGGUGUGGCUCUCAUAAUCUUCCAAAUGGUUCCCUUCAUCAGUAAGCAGUUUUUGAAGGUCCUCAAGCGAAAGGAAAAACUAAAUCUGACGACAACCAAAAAAAGUCCUGAUUGGUUCUCAGCUAUUGACAUGAUUACCAUAUUUGUGAAAUUAGACACACUCUAUUCGGCUAUUGUAGUUAUGAUACAGUCGAGAGAGUUCUGCAACAGGUCAGAUAUUACGAGCAGCUCAGCAUUUCUUGCUGUUUGUGUACUCACUGGAAUAUUUGCUGAAGUUAGCUACUUUUUGUACUCUCUUACAAGCAAUGAAUACAGUGAAAGAGUCUUUACAGGCCUUGUAACCAUUGGCCUGAUUGUAUUAGUAUGCUGCCUUCCCUUGUACCUUCUUGCCGACAAUCGACAGCCUCUUGACUGUGCAUUUGGGUGUGACACUUAUGCAGCCAACACAACUGCUAAUGCUCUCGCCUGUAACCGCACCAGCAAUGGUAGUGUACGCCUUGGAUUUACUGCCCUAUCGUUCAUUGUGAUUUCUGUGUUCUCACUCGUCUUCUUUGUGUGUGAUCGAACAGCACAAGAAGAAGAAUCAUACCCUAACAGUCCAAGAGAAAAUUCAACAAAAGAAGAAAUUGAAUUCUCACAAUUUAAUGAAAUUCCCCAUACACCAAUCAAAACUCUGUAAUCACAUGCAGCUUCUCUCAGACAUUUUACACAGAGACCAGAGCACACUGACUAUAGUUAGCUUAGGACUAAGCUAUAUAAAUUGUAGGCUGUGUAUAUACAUAAAUAGUUUUAUUUUGUUUAG